AUGGCGCUUGCUGCAACAAAGUCGCAGACGUCGCGACGCUGUCUCCAGUCCUUGAUGCGUCUGUUCUGCUGCAUAUCAUGGUGGUGGCUGGCCGCGAGGACGCGCGAGACACAUGACGUUGGCUCGAGCCCCACCAUCCACGGCCAACCUCGACCGGCUUCAAACUUCAACCCCCCGUCACCCAUCACCAUCACCAUGGACGUUGCUCAUCCGCGGAGGAUACUGGCCGUCAGUCUUGACUCCCAAGCAGACCAGUUGGGCAGGGUAAUCAAAGACCUCACCGGCUCGUCGCCAUGCUCGCCGUCCCCUUCCCUCGCCGGCACAACACACAACCUCUCCCUCAAGACGCAAUACUACACCGCCACCGUCCCCGUAUGGCUGGACCUCAUUGCCUCGCCGUCCGACUGGUCCGCAUCUUUCCUCUCCGAUGAAGCGGCCGAGGUCCUCGCCGUGCUGGGCGGCCUGGUCCUCAUCUUCAGCCUGCCCCCGUCAACCUCGUCUGAGAGCAUUGACCGCGUCCGCGACGUCAUCCACCACGUAGGACACGUCGUCAACAACGGCCUGGGAGGCUGGGAAUGGGACGGCGUCCGGCUGGCUGUUGGUGUUGGGGACAGCGAUGCCCAAGAAUGGGACGAGCUUUGCGCCGAGGCGGGCUUGGAGUUUGUCCAGAUUGGCGGGAAGCAGCUGCAUUUGAACGAGUUUGGCGAAAAGACAGGCAUCUCCCGCGUCAAGGAGGCCCUCGAAUCCAACGACUGGGCACAAGACGCACCCUCUGACUUUGGCGACUUUGAAGACGCUUCCGACGCGGGCGAGGGCGAGGGCGGGCACCUGGAUCCCGAGAGUCUGGAUUUCGGCUUUGACCGCGCUGAUUUCGAAGGCUUGAAAAAGGCCAUCUGGGAGGCGAGGCCCGGGGACCAAGAACCUUCAGCUCCGACCGCUGGUUCCGGUGCAACGUCCAAGGCGGAAGCGGACAAUCAAGGGGAUACUCAGGACGAACUCGGUCACGAGGACGUGGACAAGGUGGAGGGCAUGAUGAGGAAGCUGCAGGCUGUAAGGGACGCGGGGGAGGGGUUGCCCGAGGCGCAGAGGAAGAGGAUGGCAGCCAGGGCGGUGGGUGAGGUUAUGAAGGAGCUUUGA